AUGUCCUCAGAUCAGGCCAGCGGGUUACCCUGUGAGAAGCAGAAAAGAGGCGCGGAAAGCCACCUGGAGUUGGGAAGGUGCUGGAAGGAGACGGGCUGCUCCGGACUGCGGCCGCCGAGUCAGGUGCAGCCGCCCGGAUUCGAGCGGCGUCGCGACGUCGGCGGGAGGACUCCCACCGUAGCUGUGGGGACUGGAUUCAAAGCCUGGGAAAAGUUCCUGCACUUUGAGAAGAAGGGCCCACUUGUGGGCGGCUAUCGGGGGGAGACCGAGGGGCUGCGCCCCGCCCCCCCUCCCGGAGGCUGCUCUUGUUUCUUCCACCUUUGCCAUCAGGUGUCUGCUGCGGAGCCGCGGCGUAUCCGGGAGACGCGAGGGGCUGACACACGCACGCACACGGGACUGCAGUUCCGCUGCCUCCUGGGGUCUCCUCGGAUUAGCAGACCCCACCGACCCAACUGCCGUCUCUCCGCCCUCCGGAACACCCCGGGAGGACCUGGGAGGCGGACACCUCCAGCUUGGCCUUUCCACACUCUUUCUGGCCGGCCUGCCAGCCAUUCCCUACUCAGUCUUAGCAGGAGCUCUCAUCCUCAACUUGGCCUCUUGGAUUUCCUCUGCCGUGGUCGUGACUAG